UUGGCUGAUGAAAGAAGAAUCUCGCCGGAUAGCAGCUUUUUCGAAGAGGAAGAAGAGGAACAGAGUACGGGCAGAAUCGAAACGGUAGAAUCCGAAUGUGUGGAGGUCAUGGAUACCAAGGCUGAAGAGGACUCGGAGGACCAGUCGAAGAACGAAACUUUGGAGACGAAUCAUUUUGAAAUGGUUGUUUUCACAAAGGACAAUGAUGGGGAGCAGAAGGAGUAUAGUGGAGACCAAUUGGAGACUGCUCAUAUAAUUAUCUGA